AUGCAUGAAAAUUUUAAAAAGGGCGAUCCUUUCUGUGCUCUGUGUAAUGGUGAUAUUCCGGAAACUUCUCAUCAUAUUUUUAAGGAUUGUAGAUUCACAAAAGCAAUUUGGUUUGGGUUAAAAAUCCAGUUGCCAUCAUCUAAUAAUAAUAUGAUGAAUUGGGUAAAGUCUUGGUUUAAUAGUCCUUUGAAUGAAUGGAAGGAUCUCUUUAGGAUAAUAUGUUGGGAAAUUUGGAAUCAUAGGAAUUCAGUAGCGUUCCAAAAUGUUAAAGUAAAUCCAAUUGAAUGCAUCAGGUCAAUCAAAAAAGAUUUUAAUGAUAGGGAGUUGGCUCUGGGAAAAACAACUUUGAAAAAUAAUGUAUUAAUCAAAAAGAAGAUAAUUGGUUCUAAGGAUUUUGCUGAAUUUAAAGACAAUGUUUUCUAUGUUGAUGCGGCUUUUGAAGAAUCUGAUGGUAGUACAACAAGCUCAAAAGUAGCAGAAGCAUUAGCUGUCAAGAAGGCAGCAGACUGGGCAAGGGAGCUGAAUAAAAAAAAUGUUAAAAUAAGAUCAGAUUGCAGGGAUGUAGUAAAUUUUUUGAAUAGAAGGAAUGUGAAUUGUGACUGGAGGACAAAGAAGAUAUUAAAUGAUGUGCUUUCUCUUUUGGGUUCAAAUUUUGGUAGAUAUUAA